UAAGUGGGAGCGGAUCAAUGCACAAACUGAAAAGUUCUGAGCUGAUGACUAGGACCUGUGGCACUGCAAUGCAUAGGAACACUAGGUGGAGUUUUCAGACAACACCCUGUUUGUGAACUGUGCAGUGACUCGUGUACACAGUGUAGGUGUAUACUCCUCUAGUGCAAGUGCGUCACAGUACAGUCCGAUUGCCUUCCCAACAAAACUUUGGAGAACAAAGUUUUAGGCAUACUCUUCAUGAAGUUUAUGUACUAAAACACUAACCAAGAUGGCUAUUUUGGAUCAGCACUGCUUCUGCUGCGUGCCUCUGCGCCAAGGGGCUCUUGUGUCCAGCAUUCUUUUCUUGUUGGUGUCUGCAGCCACCGCCCUUCUGUAUGUAUGGGGUCUCUUGGACCUUCUGCAACAGGGCAACAAGUUUGCAACGCAACCACAUGAAACCGCCACUCUCGUUCUGACGUACAUCCUGAUUGGUCUGCACGGAGUUGUCAUGAUUCUGGCUGCUAUCAUCAUGUUCAUUGGAGCAUUUUGUAACAGCGCAGGAUCUGCUGCUUUCUUCAGUGUCAUCCUUGCCAUCGGGACGGUGAUUGAGCUGGGCUAUGUGGUGUACCUGGGCAUCAUUACCGAUGAUCAGCUUGGGGGAUUGAGCAAUCAGCCUUAUUUUCUCUUCCUGAUCAUCUGGUAUGCCGUCCGAGCUAUCUGGAACAUUCAUCUUGUGAUAACCAGUUGGUCUCUGUAUCAAUACUUCCGAUCCAAGGGAUUUGUGGCCGGCAACCGCUAGACAGGGCACCAGUGAGAGGCCUGCCGAUGCAGGUACACGUAUCAUCGGUCUUUGGUUACAUGUAGCCAUAAUCUCAAAUUUCUAUACCUCAUAAAUAUUCAUCAGGCAACUGCUGCAUUUCACUGGUCCAUUUCAGCAACUCAACCGUGUGAAAGUUUUAUCACCGGCCCCGCGUCAUCGUACGCACGCGUGUCGCGCAAAAACCAAGGAGGUACUAUCACACACCUGGAUCGCAGCUUUAGAUUUGUUCCCAUCAGUCCUAUGUUAUCUCUUUACCAAUGACGCAUACGCUUUACGUGCAUACGGUGGAGAUCACAGUACCAGUGAGGACAGUUGUGCCAGCCUAUAAUGGCAUACAUUAAAAUGGCGACCGGUGGUGCUCGCUUUGCGAUUUUAACCGAGGAGGAACUGGGUGAAAUUUUACACAACUAUAAUAAAUCCUGUGUUUUGCGUGAAUUAAAGUUAUUAAAUGACGCAACAUUAACUUGCUAUUCUGUUUGUCUUCUUAAAUUAAAAUAAUGAUUCACUUUAUCCAAAUAAUGCACGAUGAAAAACGUGGUACGAAUGAAAUACCACAACUGCCUGAUGAAUUUAUGAAUUUAUGAGGUAUAGUAAAACAAAUACAACAUGUUUUUGCGGGGAAAUAGUGAAAACAAAUGAUCCCUCAGUGUUGGAUGAUUAGGAAUAUCUCCCUUUGCUUCGCUUCGGGAGUAACAAACUCAAAUCCAUAACAAAUGCCAGUGUUUUUUACUCCCCAAAUGAUCCCACUGGAAACUAAAAAAAUGAAAAUCGAAAUUGAAAUUCGGAAUAUUUAAUUCCUUGGCAUGAAAGGGUAAGAUUUUUUCUUUUAAUAGUUUUUUUUUAAACAACUCAGACAAUUCAUGUAAGUUAAUCUAAAAAUUAGUUUGUGAAGUUUUUCUAUUUCAGCAAAAUAAAUGGUUACAUAAUUAUAAGAUAAAACCUCAAUUCAGAGUCUUGUUAAGUAAUUAUUAUACUCACUUGAUGUUAUACAACUACAUGUAUGUUUGCGACGUUUUUGUUUCCUUUUUUGUCUUUUAGUAACAGAGUUCCUUCUGUUAAUGACCAAACUAAAUAUUUGGUCUGAUUGUUACUCUCAGUGCAGGGAUUUCUUGGGAUUGUUUUACCAUCAUUAAGCAACUUUAAACCAUAUUUUAAUAACUGAAAUAAACGUAUUGGGUUUAGAAGAAUUAGAAUUAAAA